GGUCAUGAUGGAGAGUACUCAUCAGAAGCAGGUGUGUCCCGGAGAAAGGGGAACGUUCUGAGGACCGGUUGCGUCUGUUGAGUCUCAGAUCGUACGAGUCUUCAGGAUGGAAGAUUUUCCCAGCUGUCCCAAUGUUAGCAUUCCCUGCUCCAAUGAGCAAAGAGACAAGAAGAAGCGCUAUACUGUUUACAAAGUAAUGGUCAGUGUUGGAAGACAUGAGUGGUUUGUGUUUCGGAGAUACGCUGAAUUUGACAAAUUGUACAAUACAUUGAAGAAACAGUUUCCCACAAUGAAUUUGAAGAUUCCAGCUAAGAGAAUAUUUGGAGACAACUUUGACCCAGAGUUUAUAAAGCAGAGAAGAGCAGGGUUACAUGAGUUCAUUCAGAGGAUCGUCUCUCAUUCACAUAUAAGCAACCAUCCUGAUAUUCAAGAUUUUUUGCAGCUAGACAAAUCGAAAAACUUCUCAGAUGCAUCAGAGGAUGAAGAUGACAAGAGUAACUCUACUUCUAGAAACAUUAACCUGGGGCCAUCUGCUAAUCCACAGGCAAAGCCCACCGACUUUGACUUUCUUAAAGUCAUUGGAAAGGGAAGCUUUGGAAAGGUUCUCCUCGCAAAGAGGAAACGGGAUGGGAAAUGUUACGCCAUCAAAGUCUUGCAGAAAAAGGUCAUUUUAAACAGGAGAGAGCAAAAGCACAUCAUGGCUGAGCGUAAUGUGUUGUUAAAGAACGUUAAACAUCCCUUCCUGGUUGGACUGCACUAUUCUUUUCAGACAGCAGACAAGUUAUACUUUGUCCUGGAUUUUGUCAAUGGUGGAGAACUUUUCUUUCACCUCCAAAAAGAACGAACUUUUCCCGAACCCAGAGCUAAGUUUUAUAUCGCUGAGAUGGCAAGUGCUCUGGGUUACCUGCACUCUCUCAAGAUUGUUUACAGGGACUUGAAACCAGAAAAUAUCCUUUUGGACUCUCAAGGACACAUAGUCUUGACUGACUUUGGGCUGUGUAAGGAAGGCAUCUCGCAAGCUGACACAACGACCACAUUUUGUGGAACACCUGAGUAUCUAGCCCCGGAAGUUCUCAAGAAGCAGCCCUAUGAUAACACAGUCGACUGGUGGUGUCUGGGUUCUGUCCUCUAUGAAAUGCUCUAUGGGCUUCCUCCAUUCUACAGCAGGGACACACAUGAGAUGUAUGACAAUAUUCUUCACAAGGAACUAGUGAUGCGCCCCGGGGCAUCCACUGCUGCCUGGUCUAUACUUCAGGCCCUGUUGGAGAAAGACCACACCAGGAGGCUUGGCUACAGAGAUGACUUUAGUGAAGUCAGAGGGCAUGACUUUUUCUCAUCCAUCAACUGGGACGACCUUGAGCAGAAAAAGAUCCCACCCCCUUUUAACCCUUGUGUGGACUCCCAGUAUGACAUCUCAAACUUUGAUCCAGAAUUUACAGAGGAAGCUGUGCCGAACUCUGUGUGCGUCUCUUCAGGGAUGUCAAUAGUUAACGCUAGCGUCAUGGAGGCUGAUGCUGCCUUUGUGGGCUUUUCUUAUGCUCCGCCAUCAGAAGAUUCAUUCUUGUUUGAUUAACAGUGAAUCACACAGGGCGUGAAAUGGCUGUGCUGUGAUCGCUCUCGCUCUCUCUCUCUCUCUCUCUCUCUCUCUGAUGAAAGGGACGAGUUUUGUGUCCUAGUCAGAGAAUGAACCCUUGUGUUUGUAACAGUGCAUAACCCUUUUGGAAUGCAGGGUGUUUCAAACUUUAUUUUUAUGCUUAAAGUAUAUUUUGUAUAACAUUGAACACUUUACCUGAGACAUAGUUCAGAUGCUGAUGUGUUCGUAUUUGUUCCCCUCAGAAUUGUUUUCUAUGGUUAAAUUGAUAUGUAUUAAGGAAAACUGGAUGAGAUUUGUUCACUUGAGCAUCCGCUUUA